AUGACUGCUAACCCUAUUACCAAAAAUGGACUCUUUGUCCACAACAAUACCACUGCUCCUGAGCACCCCAGUCUCAUGAGCAUGUUCUCACUCAAGGGAAAGACUGCCAUUGUUACCGGUGCUGGCGCCGGUAUCGAUCUGGCCGUUGCUCAGGGUCUAGCCGAGGCUGGUGCUAAUGUGGCCAUGUGGUAUAAUAGCAACACUAAGCGUGCCGAGAGGGCCACCGAGAUCGCCGAAAAGUACGGUGUUCAGACCAAGGCUUAUCAGGUUCAGGUCACCGAUGCAAAUGCUGUCGAGGACUUCAACGGCCGUCUAGACAUCUUUAUUGCAAACGCCGGUGUUCCCUGGACCCAGGGCCCCAUGGUCGACGGUCCCCUCGACCACUACCGCGAGUGCACUGGCGCCGCCAGAAGGAGAAGGGCACCGAUGCCAACGGAAAAAAGCUCAUCUGCCUACAACGCCGCUAAGGUUGCCGUCAUUCAUCUUUGCAAGUCCCUUUCUAUUGAAUGGGUCCGUUACGCUCGUGCCAACACCGUAUCACCCGGUUACAUUGCGACUGGGAUCUCCAGCUUUGUUUCAGAGGAAACCAAGAAUAUCUGGCUCGACAAGAUCCCCAUGGGCCGUGAGGGCCAAGCCCACGAGCUGAAGGGUGCCUACCUCUACUUUGCCUCCGAUGCCUCCACCUACACUACCGGCGCGAUCUCAUCGUCGACGGUGGCUACUGCGCCCCGUAAUCAUCCCUUAGAUCGUACUAUAAUACCGGGUUUUUGGAGUUUAGAGCAUAAUUUUUGGAGACGUUGA